UUUGCUUAAGAAACUUGACUUGAUUAAAGUUGAAAAUGAAGGAGCGGUGAGGAGAAAGAAAAAGGGUAACUUGCUAGGUGGCUAUCUGUUUUAACAAUCCUCCCCCUUUUAGCGUUUCGAUAAUGGCGCCUUUAGACCUUGAUAAGUACGUUGAAAUAGCACGACACUGCAAAUACCUCCCGGAAAAUGAUCUAAAGAGAUUAUGUGAUUAUGUUUGUGAUUUGUUGCUGGAAGAAUCAAACGUUCAGCCGGUCUCUACUCCAGUUACAGUUUGUGGAGAUAUUCAUGGUCAGUUUUAUGAUCUUUGUGAGCUCUUCAGAACUGGAGGCCAAGUUCCAGACACAAAUUACAUUUUCAUGGGAGAUUUUGUAGAUAGAGGAUAUUAUAGCUUGGAGACAUUUACACACCUGCUGGCUUUAAAGGCAAAGUGGCCCGAUCGCAUCACACUUCUCCGCGGAAACCAUGAAAGCAGACAGAUUACUCAAGUGUACGGCUUUUACGAUGAGUGCCAAACAAAGUAUGGAAAUGCAAACGCCUGGAGGUAUUGCACAAAAGUGUUUGACAUGCUUACUGUGGCAGCUCUGAUAGACGAGCAGGUCUUGUGUGUCCACGGUGGUCUUUCACCUGACAUCAAGACUUUGGACCAGAUCCGGACUAUCGAGCGCAACCAGGAGAUUCCCCACAAGGGGGCCUUCUGUGACCUUGUGUGGUCAGACCCAGAAGACGUGGACACCUGGGCUAUCAGUCCACGAGGUGCCGGCUGGCUGUUUGGCUCCAAGGUUACUAAUGAGUUUGUUCACAUCAACAACCUGAAGCUCAUCUGCCGUGCGCAUCAGCUGGUUCACGAAGGCUACAAGUUCAUGUUUGACGAGAAGCUGGUGACCGUGUGGUCAGCGCCCAACUACUGCUACCGCUGUGGAAACAUCGCGUCCAUCAUGGUCUUCAAGGAUGUGAACAGACGAGAGCCCAAGCUGUUCCGCGCCGUCCCCGACUCCGAGCGCGUCAUACCUCCCCGAACAACCACACCCUACUUCCUCUAAUCCCUCCCCCCUCCUCACCCCCACCUCCACCUUAGAGAUCUCAACAACUCUUAGACUUAUUUAUAUGCAACACAUUUUAAGAAAGUGACAUCCACAGCAUCUACAGUCUGUGCCACACUCACUUAGUUCUGUCAUAAAGGAAAAAAAAAUCCCUCUUCUACCCCCCAAUGAGAAAACUAUACUUUUAAAUUUCUUGAUAUUUUAGAAUUACAUUAUAUUUUAGAUUUACAUGAUAAGAAAAUGGUAAGCGGUUUAAUUUCAAUGUUAUGUAUCCCACUGAUGAAAGCAACACAUUUCAACUUAGUGGUGCCAACAAUACAUGUUCAGACCUCAGACACACUGUAUACACAGCAGCUGAGCCCAUCCUACAUCAUUCUGCCUUAAAUGCUGGUUUCCUUUUUAAAUGUCAUUUUUACACUUUUAAUUUAUUGUUUUAAAAAGUAUCCUGUGUUAUUUCUGAUACUGUUUUGUUUUUUAAAUGGCAAACAUUCACAACUAUCUGUCUUAAAGUGGCAUUUUAUUUAGCAUUUUCCAGUCACUGUGUCUAUAUAUGGUGUUACGAUAUAUGAUGACUUGUUGUUGCAACAGUGGCUUUUAUUAAAAA